UUGAAACCCUGCAGAGGGAGUUAAGUUGCCACUUUUAACCAUUUUAUGGGUUAGGGUUAGGGUUAUUUUUUUAUUUGUUUAGCUGGAGAAUUGUGAAGACCUUCAAAUUCCAAGAUGAGCGGUCCUCCAGUAGAUCUGUCAUUUAAGAACCUUGAACAAAUUGCAGCUGCAGCAUAUGAGGUGCCCCAAAGUAGCCUGCGACCCCUAAAAAUCAACUCAGAGAAGAAGUAUCUCAGCAAAUCUAUGCGUCUCAGCAACAACAGAAUCCAGUGUUUGUCCGGCCUGGACUUUGUCCUGAACCACUUCUUGGCUGAGCCAUCAAAGAUUGGUUGGCUGGACCUAGCCUUUAAUCAAAUCAAGGAAAUCAACCCGAUUUUGUGUGAGCUGCUUGAACUGCGUGUGUUGUACCUUCACGGCAACAGCAUCAAGAGCCUGCGGGAGGUAGACAAGCUGGGAAAGUUGCAGUUCCUGCACACCAUUACGCUGCAUGGGAAUCCUGUUGAAUUAGUCAAAGGCUACAGGAAGCAUGUGAUUUCCGUCUUGCCUCUGCUGAAGAAGAUGGAUUUCAGUGCUGUGACACAAGAGGAGCGAGUCCUGGCGAAGAUCUGGAGACACUGCAAAGACCGAGGCAAAAACACCACAGAGAGCCUCCAGUGAUACAUCUGAUGAAGGUGUUUUCAUACGACUGCUGUCAGAUUAAAUGUCCUCUUUAACUUAAA